GAAUGAAAAUUGGUCAAGAUGAUUUGAGUACCUGAGAAGACCUGAUACAGUCUUCUGAGUCAUCAGAGGCAGACAAAACUACAUUUGAUACAGUUUUGGUGCACUCUGCCAUAUUCACAUCUCUGGAAACCUAGCUCUGAACGGGCCAUUGAAAAAUAGAGAAGAAAACCCAGUCUGCUUUUUGGGGGACACCAGACAGCCGAAUAAAUGCAGUAUCUAAAUAUAAAAGAGGACUGCAAUGCCAUGGCUUUCUGUGCUAAAAUGAGGAGCUCCAAGAAGACCGAGGUGAACCUGGAGGCCCCGGAGCCAGGGGUGGAGGUGGUCUUCUACCUGUCGGACAGGGAGCCCCUCCGGCUGGGCGCUGGGGAGUACACGGCGGAGGAGCUGUGCAUCCGGGCCGCACAGGAAUGCUCUAUCUCUCCUCUGUGUCAUAACCUCUUUGCCCUGUACGAUGAGAAAACCAAGCUCUGGUAUGCUCCGAAUCACACCAUCACCAUCGAUGACAAAACGUCGCUCCGGCUCCACUACCGAAUGAGGUUCUACUUCACCAACUGGCAUGGGACCAAUGACAAUGAGCAGUCAGUGUGGCGGCAUUCUCCAAAGAAGCAGAAAAACGGCUAUGAGAAAAAAAAGGUUCCAGAUGCAACCCCACUUCUGGAUGCCAGCUCACUGGAGUAUCUGUUUGCUCAGGGACAGUAUGAUUUGGUCAAAUGCCUGGCCCCCAUUCGAGACCCCAAGACGGAGCAGGAUGGGCAUGAUAUCGAGAACGAGUGUCUGGGAAUGGCUGUCCUGGCCAUCUCACACUAUGCUAUGAUGAAGAAGAUGCAGUUGCCAGAGCUUCCCAAGGACAUCAGCUACAAGCGAUAUAUUCCAGAAACGUUGAAUAAGUCCAUCAGACAGAGGAACCUUCUCACCAGAAUGCGUAUCAAUAAUGUUUUCAAGGAUUUCCUAAAGGAAUUUAACAACAAGACCAUCUGUGACAGCAGUGUGUCCACACAUGACCUGAAGGUGAAAUACCUGGCUACCUUGGAAACCUUGACAAAACAUUAUGGUGCUGAAAUAUUUGAGACGUCCAUGCUACUGAUUUCAUCAGAAAAUGAGAUGAAUUGGUUUCAUUCAAAUGACAGUGGCAACAUCCUCUACUACGAAGUGAUGGUGACUGGAAAUCUUGGGAUCCAGUGGAGGCAGAAACCCAAUGUUGUUCCUGCUGAAAAAAAUAAACUGAAGCGGAAAAAACUGGAAAAUAAACACAAAAAGGAUGAGGAGAAAAUAAAAAUCUGGGAAGAAUGGAACAAUUUUUCUUACUUCCCUGAAAUCACUCACAUUGUAAUAAAGGAGUCUGUGGUUAGCAUUAACAAACAGGACAACAAAAAAAUGGAACUGAAGCUCUCUUCCCACGAGGAGGCCUUGUCAUUUGUGUCCCUGGUGGACGGCUACUUCCGGCUCACAGCAGAUGCCCAUCAUUUCCUCUGCACCGACGUGGCUCCCCCACUGAUCGUUCACAACAUACAGAACGGCUGUCAUGGUCCAAUCUGCACAGAAUACGCCAUCAAUAAAUUACGGCAAGAAGGAAGCGAGGAGGGCAUGUACGUGCUGCGAUGGAGCUGCACCGACUUUGACAACAUCCUCAUGACCGUCACUUGCUCGGAGAAGUCUGAGGUCCUUGGUAGCCAGAAGCAGUUUAAGAACUUUCAAAUCGAGGUGCAGAAGGGCCGCUACAGCCUGCACGGCUCGGACCGCAGCUUCCCCAGCCUGGGAGACCUCAUGAGCCACCUCAAGAAGCAGAUCCUGCGCACGGACAACAUCAGCUUUGUGCUGAAACGCUGCUGCCAGCCGAAGCCCCGAGAGAUCUCCAACCUGCUGGUGGCUACUAAGAAAGCCCAGGAGUGGCAGCCCGUCUACCCUAUGAGCCAGCUGAGUUUCGACCGGAUCCUCAAGAAAGAUAUCAUGCAGGGCGAGCACCUUGGGAGAGGCACGAGGACACACAUCUACUCAGGGACCCUGGUGGAUUACAAGGAUGACGAAGGGACUUCUGAAGAGAAGAGAAUAAAAGUGAUCCUCAAAGUCCUAGACCCCAGCCACAGGGACAUCUCUCUGGCCUUCUUCGAGGCGGCCAGCAUGAUGAGACAGGUGUCCCACAAGCACAUCGUGUACCUCUAUGGCGUCUGUGUCCGUGACGUGGAGAAUAUCAUGGUUGAAGAGUUUGUGGAGGGGGGACCCCUGGAUCUCUUCAUGCACCGGAAGAGUGAUGUCCUCACCACGCCCUGGAAGUUCAAAGUUGCCAAGCAGCUGGCCAGUGCCCUGAGCUACUUGGAGGACAAAGACCUGGUCCAUGGAAACGUGUGCACCAAAAACCUUCUCCUGGCCCGCGAGGGCAUCGACAGUGAGUUCGGCCCCUUCAUCAAGCUCAGCGAUCCCGGCAUCCCCAUCACUGUGCUGACCAGGCAAGAGUGCAUCGAGCGGAUCCCAUGGAUUGCCCCUGAGUGUGUGGAGGACUCCAAGAACCUGAGCGUGGCUGCGGACAAGUGGAGCUUCGGGACCACACUCUGGGAAAUCUGCUACAACGGCGAGAUCCCGCUGAAGGAUAAGACGCUGAUUGAGAAAGAGAGAUUCUAUGAAAGUCGGUGCAGGCCAGUGACACCAUCUUGCAAGGAGCUGGCUGACCUCAUGACCCGCUGCAUGAACUAUGACCCUAACCAGAGACCCUUCUUCCGCGCCAUCAUGAGAGACAUUAACAAGCUGGAAGAGCAGAAUCCAGACAUAGUUUCGGAAAAAAAACCAGCAACUGAGGUGGAUCCCACACAUUUUGAAAAGCGCUUCCUCAAGAGGAUCCGUGAUUUGGGGGAGGGCCACUUUGGGAAGGUCGAGCUCUGCAGGUAUGACCCCGAGGGGGACAAUACAGGGGAACAGGUGGCUGUCAAGUCCCUGAAGCCCGAGAGUGGAGGUAACCACAUAGCAGAUCUGAAGAAGGAAAUAGAAAUCUUAAGGAACCUCUAUCACGAGAACAUUGUGAAGUACAAAGGGAUCUGCACAGAAGAUGGAGGAAAUGGAAUUAAGCUCAUCAUGGAAUUCUUGCCUUCGGGAAGCCUUAAGGAAUAUCUUCCAAAGAAUAAGAACAAAAUUAACCUCAAACAGCAGCUAAAAUAUGCCGUUCAGAUCUGUAAGGGAAUGGACUACUUGGGCUCUCGGCAGUACGUUCACCGGGACUUAGCCGCAAGAAAUGUUCUGGUGGAGAGUGAGCACCAAGUCAAAAUUGGAGACUUUGGCUUAACCAAAGCCAUUGAAACCGAUAAGGAGUACUACACCGUCAAGGAUGACCGCGACAGUCCAGUGUUUUGGUAUGCUCCAGAAUGUUUGAUUCAGUGUAAAUUUUAUAUCGCCUCGGACGUCUGGUCUUUCGGAGUGACUCUGCACGAGCUGCUUACCUACUGUGAUUCAGAUUCUAGUCCCAUGGCCUUGUUCCUGAAAAUGAUAGGCCCAACGCACGGCCAGAUGACAGUGACGAGACUCGUGAACACAUUAAAAGAAGGAAAGCGUUUGCCUUGUCCUCCUAACUGCACAGAUGAGGUUUAUCAACUUAUGAGAAAAUGCUGGGAAUUCCAACCAUCCAAUCGGACAUCCUUUCAGAGCCUUAUUGAAGGAUUUGAAGCACUUUUAAAAUAAGCAUGAAUAACAUUUGAAUUUCACUGUUUAUCAGGUCUUCUUUCCCCCAAGCCAUUUAAGAAAAUUUUAAUGGAAAAAUUUUGUAUUCUAAAAAGUCACUCAAAUACUUGAGUGUGUACUUUAUAAGGCACAGUGGUGCUUGUGUGUAGAGACUUACUCUUUCAAUCUGGCACCUGUAACAGUGACAACCAAAAGAUGAGAAAGCACUCCUUUAGGAAAGAGCAUGCCGUUUUAUCUGGGUGGUUGGCCAUCCUGAUUGCGUUCAACCAUGGGAUUUUGAAAACAAGAGGAGCUGACCAAAGACAAGAUGAUUACUUGUCUCAGCUUCUAGUUGAUCAGAAAUGUCCCUCUGGCAUGUUGAUUAGAGAGAAAGAUGAAUGGUCUUAGCAGUGCUCUAAAAUGCUCUCAAAUUUGGUAUCUACAUGGUGAUAGACCCGUCUUAAAAUGGUUAGAUGCCAGUUAGUAUACUGUUGUUUCUAUACAAAAAUGAGUGUAUUCCUGUCACCAGUUAGGACUUCAACCUUGAGUUGUUUCUCCAGAGACUUAGCUCCUGUUCCCUUGGGUGACCACUGGUACCCAUUUUUGAGAAAACUGGUUAUACGCAGGGGGACAGCUGGGGAAUAGCUACUUUGCUGCAUGUUAAUUCUUGAGAACUAAGUCUUGCCAGUGCUUUCCUAAGCAGUGUACCUUUCAUCAGAACCAAUUCCCGGAACCCAGAUGCUAUUCCACAUGCUUUUCCAGACGUCAGUGUAUAUCCUUUUAUAACGCUGCCACUUCGGGGCAAGGUGUUCCAGCGCUGCUUUUGGAUGCUGAAUGUGCCACAUCCAUUGCACUGUUCCUAGAGUGUGUUUCAUACUCCCCGCCCAUCUACGAGGGCCGAUCAUUAUUUGACCAUCACCCUGUGGUGCAAAACUUGAAAGACCAGCCCCAGCUAGAGGCACUGUGGAGUUCAGGAUCCACUAGACAGUUUGCAGGUUGCUGGGAGGUAGCUAGGUAAUCCCGAGUGAUCUCCGAUUCAGUGUGAACCAUAAAGAUCAUUACGCCCAGGACUCUGAAGAACCUUUGUUCAUGCUGUCUAGUAUCGUUCAGUAGUGUUCCUUUUCACCUUUGAGCCCAAAAGUGAGUUCAGGAUUGAUUCCAUGGCAACCACAGCAACUUGCCAUUUGUUCAACAGCCCAUCAGCAAGGUCUCUGUCUGCGUGAAACCUGUGGCCACUCUGUAUGCACUUUGUUUACUCUUUAUACAAAUAAAUAUACUAAAAAUGG